AAGAAUGACACUAUUAAUCCUAAAAGAAAUUUUUUCAGAAUUCUGCUAGAUAUCCAUAGGUAGAUCUAUUCAGGUUCUAUAUUUACACAUUUAUAUCCUGUAUUCCAGGUUCCAAAUCAUGGUUCCACAUGUACCAUAUGCUAAUUGACCAUAUUUGGCCUUAGAAGAAGUGUGAUCAAACAUUAUUAUAUUGUGCCAGUGCCUCUGUGGAGUGGGAAAUUUUUGGAGUUAUUAAAGCCUUGUUUCCUUUGUUGGUAACAUUCAAAAGGAAAAAAUAAAAAACCUAUGCACUUUUGUUUCUGUAAGUACUAAGCAUUUUCAGAAAGUUUUUUCAUCCCGGUUGAAAGAGAAAGUAAGUCGUGAGAGGCAAAAACGCCCUGCUCUUAGGAGCAGCCUCGUGGUAGAUCACUGGGCUACAGGGGAGCCCCCAGCCCCCAACCUCCGGCUUCGUUCGUACCUCCGAAGUGCAUCAUGCUGCCCAAAUCAAAUUGCUCACUUAAUAUUUAAUGUUUCUGCGAUGGAAUCACUUUCCCCCUUGAGGUUGACUUCAGAUUUGCCAGACACACUGACAACACUGCACUCCUUAUUUUCCCCACAUGACCUCAGCUUCUGCUUCAAAAAUGUUCAAAUAAAGGAUGCUUUUGUUCGCAUCUCGCCUGCCUGUGAUAUAUUGACAAAGUGUCUGCCGGCUGAAUGGAAUAGUUUUACAGUAUGAGAGCUGCUUUCAGUGGAGGGGCAGGACUUGGGCUUUAGAAGGAAGUGAAUUGGAUAGGUCAGGAGAAUGUACCAUUUGUAAACACCCCUUUCCUUUUUUAUUCACGUGUCAGGACAGCGGGAGCAGGCUGUUCAGUGCCUGUCCCUGCGCAGAGCCGGAGGGAAAAGCAGCUUGGAAGUCAGCUGCAAUUUUUAAACCUUGCCUUUAUUCACUGGUAAUGAUCUUCAAGUGCUUGGACUUGUCUUAGAAGCUGUUUUGAAACUAACAUGGUUUAGUCCACUAACUGCAUGUUGGGUAAAUUCAAAACCCACAUGCUCGUCCUCUUGCAGUGGAAUAAGUCACAUCUGAUGGACAUUUUCUGUGCUUAUAGCAUAGUAAUGAACGUCUGACAGGCGCGACCUUUCAUAAGACAACCCACACUAUUGGCUUUCUGCCCAGAAUAUUGCUGCAACACUAUCUGUGAUUGGUUAUCUCUCUAUCAUGCAUUGCUUCACAAGGGGAAACGGCCCCUUUUUUUAAUAAAUCUACGAUGGCUGGCUGCAAUAUGCUUCACUGUUGGUACUAAGAAGUGCCUUUCCUGACGUCUCUGCUGCUUGGACCCGCUUCUAGAGCAGUCUCUGCUUUUGCCUUGCUUGCUGCCAGCUAGACUGUGACGACAGCACAUCCACCCUCCACCUCUAGCCCAGACACCCCCAUUUCUACUUAUAAUCAAGACAAAAGCUCUAAGUAUCUGGCAUUGCCCUAGGCUGCUUUAGUUUUAAAAGAAAAGUUUGCUGAAAAAGUAAGAUCUCUUCUGCCAGGAAAUCAAGGAGGAAAAAAAAAAUCAUUUUCUCGAUUUGCUCUAAACUGCUUCAUCUGUCUAUGCCAAACUAAUCAAUACCGAUUGCACCACCAAACUCCAUUGCAAAUUCAGCUGUGAGGAGAUUCCCUUUCAGACAACUUUGCUGAAAGCAGCUUGGAAAUUCGGUGUCAGAGGGUCUGCCACGUUUUCAUGCUUGCAUUUUGGGCUCCAAAUUGGCACUGGGAAGGGGUUACUGAGAGCACAAGGCUGAUUCGAGGCCCUACUUUUAAACAUUCAUCUACUUACGAGUCUAGUAUUUCUCUAAAAACCAAAACCUCUUUGAAUUAACAGUUUCAUGCUGUGAAUUUCUAGUGGGAGAUCUUUUCCUUGAUAUUGACAACAAAAUUUUCCAUGUACUUUUAAAGCAGGGAGUGGGGAAAAAAGUAUUUUGGAGGGGACAUUUUCAUCAUCAUUUUACAGUUUUAUCAGUUCAGCUUUUUUGGGGGGGUUGUUGUUGCUGUUUUUUUUUUGUGGGGGGGUUGGGUUUGUUGGUUUCACUGAAAAAUUUAACUACCUGUAAAAUCUAAACAUGGCUGUUAGUGUCACACCAAUUCGGGACACAAAAUGGCUAACACUGGAAGUAUGUAGAGAGUUCCAAAGGGGGACUUGCUCACGGCCAGACACGGAAUGUAAAUUUGCACAUCCUUCGAAAAGCUGCCAAGUUGAAAAUGGACGAGUAAUCGCCUGCUUUGAUUCAUUGAAAAUUCAUCCCAGGAAUCCCCUUUGCUGUGACAUCUUCCCUAAUUGGUCUUCUCUGCUCCCAGAGCUGGGUAGGGGUUCCUCUCAUUCUUCUGCGUGGGGAUCUCCUAGCACUCUGUUGACCCUUCUGCAGGGUCGUUGCUCCAGGGAGAACUGCAAAUAUCUUCAUCCACCCCCACACUUAAAAACCCAAUUGGAGAUAAAUGGGCGCAAUAACUUGAUUCAGCAGAAGAACAUGGCCAUGUUGGCCCAGCAAAUGCAACUAGCCAAUGCCAUGAUGCCCGGUGCCCCAUUGCAACCCGUGCCAAUGUUUUCAGUUGCACCAAGCUUAGCCACCAAUGCAUCAGCAGCCUUUAAUCCCUACCUGGGACCUGUGUCCCCAAGCCUGGUUCCAGCAGAGAUCUUGCCGACCGCACCAAUGUUGGUGACAGGGAAUCCUGGGGUCCCUGUACCUGCGGCUGCAGCAGCUGCCGCACAGAAAUUAAUGCGGACAGACAGACUUGAGGUAUGUCGAGAGUACCAGCGAGGCAAUUGCAACAGAGGAGAAAACGAUUGUCGGUUUGCUCAUCCUGCUGACAGCACAAUGAUUGACACCAACGACAACACAGUCACCGUGUGUAUGGAUUACAUCAAAGGGAGAUGCUCCCGGGAAAAGUGCAAAUACUUUCAUCCUCCCGCACAUCUGCAAGCCAAGAUCAAGGCUGCCCAAUACCAGGUCAACCAGGCUGCAGCGGCUCAGGCUGCAGCCACCGCAGCUGCCAUGACUCAGUCGGCUGUCAAAUCACUGAAGCGACCCCUCGAGGCAACCUUUGACCUGGGAAUUCCUCAAGCUGUACUUCCCCCAUUACCAAAGAGGCCUGCUCUUGAAAAAACCAACGGUGCCACCGCAGUCUUUAACACUGGUAUUUUCCAGUACCAACAGGCUCUAGCCAACAUGCAGUUGCAACAACAUACAGCAUUUCUCCCACCAGGCUCAAUAUUGUGCAUGACACCCGCUACAAGUGUUGUUCCCAUGGUGCACGGUGCUACGCCAGCCACUGUGUCCGCAGCAACAACAUCUGCCACAAGUGUUCCCUUCGCUGCAACAGCCACAGCCAACCAGAUACCCAUAAUAUCUGCCGAACAUCUGACUAGCCACAAGUAUGUAACCCAGAUGUAGAAUUUUCAUCACUAAACAAUCAUACUAAAGAGGAAAGGACAGUGUGCUUGGUUAGAGUAAAGGACGAGGUCAUUAGCCAUAUUGUAUAUACCGUCAAGCAACACACACAAAACCCCUCAGCCACAAGACAGCCACAUUUUGCAUGUUAACCAGAAGAAAAGACAACAUGGAAAUCCACUGCACACUGUUGCCUAUACACUUUGUACAUUUAAUUGAUAUUUGUGCUGAGGUGAUAUUCCUGUCUAAAAGAACAACAUCGUCUUUCUUUUCUAGCACAGAGUUAUGCAUUAAGAUAUGCAUACCUCAUUAGUUUCCUAUAUAUUCAUGCCAUCUGGAAAAGACAGACUAUGGUGUAACCAUGAUUCUCUUAUGUAUUGGUACGUCUGUAGACCAAGAUAUAAUUUUUUAAAAAUAAGUUUAUUUCUUUCAAGGUUUACAAAUAACAAAGGUGCACCUUGUAUUUAAAAUUGCCAUUAUAGACGAGAGCGUGCAUGCACAGUCAUUUUUGUUUAAGAGUAAUAUUUUUAAUGUAAUAGAUUUUAAGAUGUGGUGAGGGAGGGAUCUGACAGAGAUGAAUGUGCCAAGCAAAACCACAACUGUGUAUCUUUUAAAGCACAUCAUGGCUUUAAGUACCAUGUUGUUAAGGAUUCUCAUGAAGUGCCAUAGACUGUACAUCAAAUUAGAGUAUUAUUUCUUCAGUGUUAUUGUUUUCAGAGCCACAUUUUGUUGCUUAUUUGCUAGUACUAAUCAGUCAAAGGGCACCAUUCUUUUUUUUUUUCUUUCUUUCUUUUUUUUUUUGGAAACCAAAGCUGUCUCAGAAAUGGCCAAUUUAACUCUACAGUAACAAUAGACAGCACAACACAAACUCUCUUGAUACAGAUAAACUCACACGUACUGGAGAUAUAUAUAAUAGAUAUAUAUAUAUAUAAAAUUAUUUUAAUGCAUUGUAGUGUAAUAUUUAUGCAUACUAUACUGUAUAACAUGUUAUUCAAAAGGGAUAUGCCAUUUCUGAGACACGAUAACAAAAAAAAUGUUUGAGGAAAUUAUUUUGCUUCUAUUUAUAGCUCUGUCAAAAGUCAAAAGACUAUAAAUGCUUUGCAAAAAUGGUUUCACAUUUGCUUAAAUGCUUCAUCACAGUCACAUUUAAAAUAGUGACUCUAAACAAAGAAGAAAGCAGCACUGUCAUCAGAUGCAUGAUAAACCAAAAUAUGAAAAUGGGAAAUGUUUAAUUAACCUAGUAAUUGGGUGGGUUAAGUACAUGGGUGAAUUUUAUAUGUGAUUUGUUUUGUUUUGUUUUGUUUUGUUCAGAUUAACUGCUUAUAGCCUUAGAAAGCCUUUUACAAAAUUAAAAAAAAAAAUAGAUGUGCAUUCAGUUUUUAAGAAUGGAUUCAUCCAAAGGAAUUCCUUUUUUUGUGGUUUGGAUGUUGCAGCUAGCAAUGGAUAUUUUUGCUCUGUUCAGCAGUUCUAAAAAUUGCUGAAGUAGGGGCUAGGUCACUGGUAGUUAUAGUAUGGAAUGGGAGAAGCGAAAGUUCGGUUAUAGAACUUUCCAUACUUCCAAGUUUACUGCAAGUUUUUAUGCUUGAGAGAGAUGCUUUCUAAUAUAAGACUGAUGUGUUGAUUUUACUGAUUGUACUGUACAUCUAUUAAAGCCUUAGAUUAUUACAUUACGGGUUGGAACCCAUACCAAUGUAAUUUCAAUCAUGUUAAGAGAGUAAUGGUGACUUCACAUGUUAUUGUAGUUAGUUACAUUAUAGAAUACUACUUAUUUUUCUUGUUAAAAUGUAGUUUUUCAUUUCCUACAUUUAUUAGAUUUCAUUUUCUAUUAACAAUUGAAUACCAUUUCAGUUUAUAGACUAUUGUUUUAUUAGAUUUUACCGAUGAAUUUUUCAAAAUACAAAAAAAAUUAAAGUAGUUUUUCCUUCAUAACAUACUCAGUUUUGAAUUACAUGUAGUGUCAUACGAAUAUUCGUAUUAUUGUUAACUAAAUGAUUUAUAUUUUACUGAUUUAAUAUUAAAGUGUAAGAAUGUCAGUCAUUGUUAGUUCUUGUCUAGUUUUCAUUAAAAGAACAAAGAUCUUUUAUAUGGAUAUCUUAUAAAUAUAUAAUCAUUGCUAAGUAAGAAGUUAAGUUGUUGCUAUCGCAACAAUCCUGGCAGACAAUUGAGUAAUAUUUUGAUGAUUUAUUUUGUUUGUAAUUAGUUAUUAUAAGAAGAUCUAGAUCCUAGAUAUUAGAAUAAAAUUUAUUUUCUACUGUAUCCAUUUCAAAUGUUAAAGUAUUGUUUAAUAUUUUUGAAAUCCCUGAAUAUCAGGCCUUGUUAUAAAUAAGCUGCAUAAUCAAUAAAUAGAACAAGGGACUUUUUGUUGAUAAUCCAAAUACUCAAAGUUUACGUAAUGAGAAUUAUAGCGUGUGUGCAAACUCUUGAGGGUUGAUUAUGCUGCAAUUUAGCAUGUUGGAACGUCUAGAGAGAAGGUUGACUUUUUGCACUUCUGUAUAUAGUCAAAAGAGAGAAACCUGUAUAAUAGUAAGAUCUUAUUUUGAAUAAAAACGUCUAUAAUUACAAGGAGUUUUGUUAAGGCUAAUAAAAUGACAGACUGAGCAAAAUUGCUUGCAAAAGUGGCACAGAGUUAGCACUCCAUACCCCUUCAAACAUGUUGCUUUGCUUUAUUGUGGACAGCUUGUAGUUUGCCAGGAUUUUUUCAGCUGGAAAGAUAUGCCAUCCUUCCGAGAUCUCAUGACUGACAAAAACUCCAUUGGGCCAAAUCUGCCUGAAGAUCAUUACCAAAAAUAGCAGGUACUUCAACCAUUAAGGUGAAAUCAUGGAUCAGAUAUUCCGUACAUUUUUCGAAACUACUGCAUGUUUAAAACUUUCAACGAAAAAAACAAAAACAAAAAAAAAAAAGGAGAGAGAACUAUACUAAGGACAUAUAUGAUACAAAUCAGUUUCUGCCAAUUUCAGUGGUUUAUUGUUCACAAAAAAAAAAAAAAAAAUCUUCAAAACAAGUAUUGACUUUCACAAAAUUUAAACCAUAAGCAGGCAAACCAAACAGCACACCGUAGCUAUAGUUGUUAUGUGAUUGUUUUUUAAUUGCCGUAGGAUCCUGUUCUUUCAGCAGGUGAAAAAAAAAA